CGGUGCUGAGCAGGAGUGGCAUCUCGGCGACAAAAUCUGGAUGAAAGAGCGUCCUGCAGAGCUGAGGCAUGCACCGAGCAGCAGUGAGAUCACUGGCGUUAUAAAUAUCCCCGUGCCAGCAGAACCAGCCGGGGUAAUGCCCGGACCAGAGGACAGACGCCAACAUGCUGGACGCAGCGUAGCGACAGUCUCCUCUCUGGAAGAAUGAAUGUUCCUCUCUACCUUCUGACCGUCGCUCACUUGCUUUUUGCCGCCGCCGGAGCUCAGCGCGUCUCUGUGGAGCGACAACUUCUGGAGGAGGAGAUCCGGCCGGGACGCAGGACGUGCAGGCUCUACUGUCGGGUCGGCAUCGGCUUCCACCUCCAGAUUCAUCCCGACGGCAGAGUGAACGGCAGCCAUGAGGCCAACCAGCUGAGUGUCCUGGAGCUCUUCGCCGUCUCUCAGGGGGUCAUCGGCAUCAAAGGGGUCUACAGCAACAGAUUCCUGUCCAUGAAUAAAAGAGGACGCCUCCACGCCACGGAGUGGUUCUCUGAUGACUGUAAGUUCAGGGAGCGUUUCCAGGAGAACAGCUACAACACGUACGCCUCGCUCCUCCACAGGAACCAGCGGACGGGGCGCGACUGGUUCGUGGCCCUCAACAAGAGAGGGAAAGCUAAGAUGGGCUCCAGCCCGCGGGUCAAAUCGCAGCACGUCUCCACCCACUUCCUGCCCAGAGUCAGCACGCACGACAACCGUCAGCGAGGCUUCACCAUCACCGACCGGGGCAAAGACAGGAGGAAAGCCCCGGCCCCGCCCAAACCUCUGACCAAGGCUAACGUCCACGCAGGGACGGCGCCGAGACGAACGCAGGUGAAAUACUGGCCCAAGUACCGGUUUGGAUAGACGUCAGAGCUGCUCAUGGACGUUGGAGACUGAAUUAACGGACGCCCUGAGUAACUGGUGAUGGACGUUUGUCACCUUGAAAUCAUUCCAGGUAUCGUGAAGAGUAACC